UUCCUGUUCUCUGCUGCUUCCGUCCUCUCCUUGUGACCCGUCCCCUUUCUAAUUCGUUGAGACUCCCCAGCCCACCAGGAGUGACGGAGUCUGUCCUUGUUCCUUCCCACUGCAAAGGCCGACUGUCCCCAAUGAGAAGAGAGUCAGGUCAAGGCCUCCAGAGAGCAGAGGUUUGAGGGGCAUAGAGCCAACGCCCUAAACACAUUUUCCACCCACCCUUCUCACUCCAACAGCACAUAUUCAUACACACACACACUCGAUGCGGGACCAAGAUGGGAAACGGAGCAGAAGAGGAUUAUAACUUUGUCUUCAAGGUGGUGCUGAUAGGGGAAUCUGGAGUGGGGAAGACCAACCUAUUGUCAAGAUUCACACGAAAUGAGUUCAGCCAUGACAGUCGGACAACCAUUGGGGUGGAAUUCUCUACUCGAACUGUGUUGCUAGGGACAGCAGCUGUCAAAGCCCAAAUCUGGGACACAGCUGGGCUGGAACGAUACCGUGCCAUCACUUCAGCGUAUUACAGAGGGGCAGUUGGGGCCCUGCUGGUAUUUGACCUAACCAAACACCAGACUUACACCGUGGUGGAGCGCUGGCUGAAGGAGCUGUAUGACCAUGCAGAGGCCACCAUCGUCGUCAUGCUGGUGGGCAAUAAGAGUGACCUGAGCCACGCAAGAGAGGUGCCCACCGAUGAGGCUCGCAUGUUUGCUGAAAAUAAUGGACUCCUGUUUAUUGAAACCUCAGCUCUUGACUCCACUAAUGUAGAGCUGGCCUUCGAAACUGUCCUCAAAGAGAUUUUCACCAAGGUGUCCAAGCAGCGGCAGAACAAUGCCCGUGCCAAUGCAAUCACUCUGGGCAGUGCCCAACCCGGGCAAGAGCUGGGGUCUGAGGAGAAGAAGGCUUGUUGUAUCAGCCUCUGAAGCCAGCUGGUGACCUGAGUAUCUUGGCCUGAAGCCUCUCCCAUUUGACCUGAAUUUCCCAUCAUUCUCUCCCCAUGAGUCUCAGCCCCUUCAGUUACACCCUCCGCUAAGCAGAGGGAGAGAGAGGGACCCAAAUGUCUAGAAAGCCAUUCCUGGUUGGCUUUGGGGAUCUGUGACUGAUCACUUUCUUAGAGUGUUAGGGGAGUUUCUAUAGCCUAAUUCCACACCCCUUCCGUAUUACUCCUGUAUGUCCGUUCUCCUGUACACAAGAUUAAUUAGCUUCUGGGAUAUUUCUGUGCCCUUUGAGAAGGUCACCUAGCCCUAAGCACCUCGCUCUCACUCAUCCAGGAAUCCAGGACUCCAUUGCCUGCUUUUUUUGCUGUGUUCCCCUGAGCCCCUCCAGCAAUGCCCCCCCUCCCCAUCCCACCAAUAAAAACUGUUUUGUAACAAGGGC